AUGUCAACAAAUCCACAACCAAAACAGCUCUCUAAAGAGCAAACUAAUACCACUACUGCAGCUUCCCAACAGUCUGGCACCACAACAACAACUCAACAUAGAGAACCACAAGCAACACACUCAGUACCACCAGAUUGGGCACAGAUAUGGAUGGCCCAACAAGAAACAAUGAUGAAUAAACUUUCUGAAAUUGUUCAUUCAUUGACACCUACUGCUGCUUCCUCCAACGUUGGUAGUAGUGCUCAACAUGCUGCAGAAGCUCAAGCAAAAACCAAUUCAAGAAAUGAUGACGAUGAUAACAAAGUCGUCUAUCAUAAGAAACCAGGUCCUUUUAGAGAUUCCUCACAACACUCCUCUCGCGACGAAGACUCUACUACUGAUGAAGAUGAAUUCGUUGAAGAAUCUGAUCGUGUUACCAGUGGUACUACUCCCAAAGAUAACCUUCCAAACUUUCAAGAAAUAGAUCUUGGUGAUAUCGAAGAUGUGCGAAUGUAUUUGAAGAAGAAAGGAAUUAAGAACCUUCGGUCAAAAGAUCCUAUUGAAAUUGAAGAACUCUUCAGAGCAGAGAGAUUGAAGGAUUUGGAACACUCCUCCAGUAAAAGCUUUCAAACACGAAUGAAAGCACUACUCUCAAAAUAUAAUUAUAUUUUGAAAGAACAACAUAUCAGUGAGCUCCUCAACGAGAACGAUAAGAGAAUUGUAUCAAAAAGUUUACCUAUUAUCAUUCAAAUCAACAACAUCAUUUGUAAGCUUUCUCGUCAUGUAACCUCCAACAUUCACACAGGAGAGAAUAUCGAAGUGAAUGAACUCAUUUCAAUGCUAUCUAUUUUUAUGAACACUGUGAUCACAGGUGGAUUAGACACCAACUUUGAAACCAUGGAGAAUGUUUCACGUCGAAUGAUCACUCCUUCAUCCAACUAUGACCUUCUUUCCCCAAUAAUCAAGAAGGAAUCAGAAAGAAUUCUCACAAACAAGCUACACAAAGAAGUCUCUAACAAGUCCAUCUCCAAGCCUACCAAGAUGAGAAACAACAACUACUACAAGAGAAACAAUCGAAAUUUCAGAUACGGCAAUAACAACAAUGACCAUCACGAAGACUUUCAAAAGUCCACCUUCAACAAUAACAACAACAACAACAACAACAACAAUUACACCUCCAACUUCAAUAACAACAACAAAUCCAGUCGAAAAUUCUGA